AUGUCGCCGAUCCACUGGCGCUCGUCGGACGGUGCCGUGGAGCGGACCCUGCUGCCGACCGAGGCGGACCGCUCCGCCGGCGGGGACGGUCCGCCUGAGCCGGCCGGCCUCUGCCAGCCCGGCGCCCGCUGUCGACUGCUGCUGGAGACGGAGCCCGACUGCCCGCCGCCGGCCGGUCUGGACCUCAGCGACCCCUCGGUGACCGCCUGGCUGCCGGCCGGCGCCGCUACUAUCGGAGAGGCCGACACGGAGCUGGACCGGCUGCUGGAGCGGUGUCUGCGCUCCCUGCGGCCCGCCGACCGCUGCCGGGUGGUGCUGCGCCCGCGGACAGACCGGCUGCCCGCCGCCGCGCGCGCCGCAGGGGAGGAGGCGGUGCUGACCCUGCGACUGACAGUACUGGAGGUGGAGGGCGGACGGCCGGACGCGCGGCUCUCACAGUCGGAGCGGCUGGCUGUCGCCGAGGCGUCCCGUCUCAGAGGGAACGAGCUGUUCGCGGCCGGCCGGGACGUGGACGCGCUGUACCGGUACCGACGCGCGCUGGCGCUGCUGGUCUAUAUACUCCCCGAGGGACUGAGUGAGGCGGAACGGGCGGCGGUCGCCAGCGCGCGGCUCGCCUGCCGCGCCAACCUGUCAGCCGUACUGCUGCGGCGCGGCCGUCACGAGGCAGCGCGCGCGGCGGCCUCCCGAGUGCUCAUUGAGCAGCCGAACCACGUGCGGUGUCUGUACCGGCGCGGCGCGGCGAACCUGGCGCUACAGGACCACGAGGACGCCGAGCGGGACCUGCGCCGGGUGCUGGAGCUGGACCCCGGCAACGCGGCCGCCACCCGGCAGAUGGCGCUGCUCGAUAAACGGAAACGCGACGUGGAUCAGCACACGGCCAACUUCAUGACAAAGUACUUCCAGCAGUAA